UGGUUGUUAUCGUCUCCAAGGGGUUGGGUUUUGCUGUUAAAAUACAUCUUUAAGAUUUAACAAUUUGUUUUAAUAACUGCUGCAGUUUUUUACUUUAUGAAUAUUAUAAUAGGCCUAAACGAAUAAAUCGAUUUUAUAUGGUUUAUGAGAAAAUCAUAGAACCUGGAUUGCCAUUAGCAUGAUUCCGUUAGAAUACCAGUCUGCAUGUAAUCCUGUAAACUUUGUUGCUCAGGAUGCUUGCAAACCACAUUACCAUCAUGGUUGUGAGAGCAAGAAUGAUGGCAAUACAUUCCAAGAGACGAUGGCAAACCAGAAUACAACAGUGGAGACUGAUUGCAGCAACUUUGACAUUGUCAAAGCCACCCAGUACGGUUCGCUGGAGCGUUGUCGACAGCUGGUGGAGGCUGGGUACGAUGUGAAUCAGCCUGACAAUGAGACAGUCACGUUGCUACACUGGGCUGCCAUCAACAACCGUCUGGACAUCAUCAGGUACUACGUGUCCAAGGGAGCUGUGGUGGACGCUGUAGGCGGAGAACUUCUAGCCACCCCCCUCCACUGGGCCACCAGACAAGGUCACAUUGGCAGUGUCACGUUGCUGAUGCAGUAUGGUGCUGAUCCUUCGCUGAGGGACGGUGAGGGCUGUUCCUGCAUCCACCUGGCUGCCCAGUUUGGCCACACGGCCAUCGUGGCCUAUCUGGUGGCCAAAGGUGUCAAUCCUAACAUGCAAGACCGCAACGGCAUGACUCCUUUGAUGUGGAGCGCUCAUAAAGUACACAGUUUAGAUCCGACCAGACUACUGUUGACGUUUGGGGCCUCCACCACCAUACAAGACAAGUACCAACAGAACACUGCGCUGCACUGGGCUAUCCUCUCUAAAAACCACACGGCUGUUAGCACUCUAGUCAUGCACGGAGCUAGUCUCGACAUCGCUAAUGCACAGGGGGAAACUCCAUUCUCGUUGUUGAGUUCACCAAAGGCCUCUUCAUGGGUCGGCAAGAAAGUUCUAGAGAAGGUUGUUGAACAUUCUGGUGCUCACACUAGACAGAACUUCUGUAGAAGGUUCACCAGUGAUAAGAGGAUAAGAUAUUGGUGCAUGGUGGGAACACCUUUCCUAGCGUUCUACGCCAUCGGGGUCACUCUACAAACGAACCUACCUUACCCAGUCAAAAUAGCCAUCCUAGUCAUCGGUUACAUCGGCAUCUAUUUUGCUGGCAGAUACGUUUUUGAUGACAGGCUUAUGAAUCUUCUUCCAAUGUCUGUGUACUUAGCUACUAAGUUCUGGUUCUACGUGACCUGGUUGCUGUGGGUCGCUCCUGCAGUUGACUUCCUAGAGUCCCUGUUGUUCCUGUCCAGCUCGCUGCUUCUCUGGCACUUCUUCCUCAAAUCCUGGAGAGGGGAUCCUGGGGUCGUGGCUGCCACACAGGAUCAGAAGUUCAGGACAAUAAUUGAGCUGGCGGAGAGGGGAGGAUUUGAGCCGCAAUGGUUCUGCAGUUCCUGCCUUGUGCGUAAGCCAAUCCGCAGCAAGCACUGCUCAGUGUGUAACCGCUGUGUUGCUAAGUUUGACCACCAUUGUCCCUGGGUAGGCAACUGUAUUGGUGCUCACAACCAUCGCCACUUCAUGGGCUACCUGCUCAUGUUGCUGGUCAUGUGUGUGUUCCUGUUGUAUGGCUGUACACAGUUCUGGCUCACUGCUGUGUGCUUUGACAUGUCCCAGCCAAGGCCUCAUUUCUGGACCGUUGACCUGAUAGACUCAGGUAUGUGGCAGUAUGCUCAGUGUGACUCGUGGGUGGCCUGGGUGGCUGCCAAUGCCUUCCUUCACUCCAUCUGGGUGGCUACUCUCUUUGGCUGUCAGCUAUAUCAGAUAUCGGUGCUGGGUAUGACAACCAACGAACGUAUGAACGCCGGCAGAUACCGACACUUCCACGGCACCCCUGGCACAACCAGGAGCCCCUUCCACCGCGGCAAGUGCCAAAACAUUGUAGACUUUGUACAGUGGCGAUGCUUUGGACUCUUCCGUCCCGAUCCUACUGACUGGAUGACCAGGUAUCACGUUCGCAGUCCAAUUGAGCAAGAACCUCUUCUCAACAGCAAGGACAAUUUCCAAUAUGUCUAACCGACCGUGGUUUGUUCAUUGUUUUAUACCGGCUGUGGGAAUUUAUUUUGUAUCUACGUCGGCUGACAUUCGAUAGCCUAGUCUUAUUUAUUAACAUUUAGUUAGAUUAUACCUCUUUCAUAUGUGAUUUAAGUAUAAUUAAAACAAUGCAGAGAAACUUAGUAAUAUUACUACAUAGUCUGGUUACAAUAUUUUAUACAAGCAUUAUGAUCAAUUUUCAUAUCAAAUAAAUCAAUAAUAUAGAUUAAAUAGAUUAUUAUUUUUUAAAGUUUAGAGAAUGUAUUUGUUAAGUGUUCAGAUGGUUUUUAAAAUAAUCAUGGACAACACCCAUUAAUCAGUAUUUUGGUAAAAAUUACAAAAUAAUUUCACUAUAUACAUAAUCUUUUAACACUAUAAUCAUAUAAAAUAAUGUAAAACAAUUAUUUUUUCCUACAGUUAACUUACCUGACAAAGCAGGCUUCCUUGCAAUGAUUAUAGCACGCAAAGUAGCUAAUUGCUGCAUUCACUUACUUUUACCGCACUCAUUUUACUUGCCACUCUCCAGUUUUCCAACCAAACAAAACAAUAGAGUGUGCUUUUAUAAGACAUCUAAUAGUGUAUGCUUGAAAAUAAAUUGGCAACACUUAAAGAUACUACGAUCAGCUGGUGCAGUGUUUCACAGCUUUUUAGUAUUGAUACUACGACUUAACCUGUUGUUUCAUGUUAACAUUCUAUUGUUGUUCAACGCUUGGAUUUAACCUUACCUAAAAUGUGUUGUUUAGUGUUUAAAAGACUUAAAGAUUGAUAUGAUUUGUUUAUAGUAACUGUAGGAAAACUAUAAUGUGUAACGUGAGCGCAAAGUCCUACUUUGCGCAUUAGUUACAAAAAUAACUAUUAUUUUUAUAUUCCAGUACAGUGGCAUAAUUAAGUUUUUUUUAUUGAAAGUCCAAACCCUGGUCUUGUUAGUAUUUAUUUUUAGUACUUUUCUAUUAUAUCCAGUAAUGUAUUAUGUUAUGUUCUUGUUAGUUAAAUAACUAUUGAAUACUUAAGAAAAGUUAGAAAUAAAACCAUUACUGUCUAGUCUACUUUGGUCCAGUUAUGUCGUAUUUGGAAACAUUUUCUCUAAAUAUUGUUGACGAGGGAUUCUUUCCUCCAAUAGCAAUUUGUUUACCAUUUCUUGCUUGUUGGUAUUAUUUUGUACAUAUCAGUUUUAAUUAUUUAUCUAAAAAAAUAACAAGAUUUUAAUCAACUUUUGCAUAGAGGCUCUGAUUUUACCUUUUUUUUGUGAAUAUCAAGGCAAUUAUGAAAUCAAAUAGUUUAAUAAUUUAGUUUUGUAAUUAAAUUGAACAUGCUUCUUUAUUUAAUCGUAAUAUUCACAUGCAUUAGAAAGGAAAAAUAUUGCUUUAUGAUGUUGUAAAAAUUAUAUUUUAAGAAUUAUAUUGUUUUGUAUAAACUGCAUUCUUCCUAAGCACAAUAAGUUUUAUUACUGUGCUUUGGAACACUUUGUUGACUUUGUUAUUUAAUGUUUAUUUUACUUUAGGAUAUAAAUGCUUGUGCAAACACUUAACUUGUAAAGCAUUUAACGAAGAAUUAUAUGAUUCAGUUAUUUUACUUGAUGCGUAACUUAUACGAAUAAUAAUGUAAUAUUCCAGUUACAAUACGUCUAAAUAUUCUAUGCGCUUUGUAUUGUUAGGCUGAGCACCGUGAUCGUUAGUCGUUGAGUUUUGUAAAUAAAUAUUCUUGUAAUUUAUUGCUAUUUGUACAGUAGUAGUCAAGUAUUGUAUAAUACUCGUCUACAAUAAAUAUUGUUCCUCUAAUCUAACUACGAACACAUUUGGCUUUUGAACUUUCCUAAUAAUCAUUGUCUUAACAUUUGUAAUGUAUAAAAACACGUUUACUGCACUCGUUAGCUUUAGAUUUGCAACUUAAAUUGUUAAGGUGUUCAAGCUUACUCCAUGUUAUCGCUGUAGUUUAGUGUUAUGAAUUUGGACGACUCAGUGGCACACUUGUAUUUAAUUUAUUAGCUUUAAUGAUUUUAGUACAGUUUAAUUUAUAUUUAUAUGUCAGGUCUUGUAGAUUUAUAAUUUGUUUAUCUAAGAAUAUUUCUAUGAAUUUUUUUUUAUUGUUUAUUCUGUUUAGUUUUUAGAGUAAUCUACAUCUGCAAAAUGUAAAAAUCCACUUAGUAUUUCAUAUUUAAAUACCAAUAUUUAAGGCCUAAUAGAUUGAAGGUAUCAGUAAACAAAUAAACUACAACAGUUUACUUAUUUUCCAAAAGAUUUGAUUAUAUAAGAUUAACGUAGGAAUUUAAAAUGUAUAGUUAUUAUACAUUUUAUCUGUAACUAUUUUAGAAGUACCAUGCUUCAAUGUGCUAGGUUAUUGGUUUUCAACUCUACGAAAUGUUUUUUAAAAUAAACUGCAAAAUUUUAGAUGUAGAGGGUUAAAAAUGAGAAAACCCAAUUUCCACCCUAUAAAACCCCGCUGCUGAUUUGCGAACUCACCCAAAUUAAUGUAGAUUUACUUGUUUUACAAAAUUCAUCGAAAUCGGAUGAUUUUGAUUCAAUUAUCGUGCUAAUUAACGGACACAUUCAUUAUGAAUUUGAACGGACUGUGUUUUUUGGCUUCUGGAAGCAUCAAAAUGAAAAAUUAAAGUGGUUCUCGGUUUAGGUCUUACCAAGAGACCUACGGUAAUAGCUAAAUGAGAAUUUCACCAAAAUAUGUUACAUGAUAGUUGAUAUUUGUUUUAACAUUAUUGCCACUAAGAUUAAUUCAUUAUUCAGUAAUGUUCAUUAUUCACUCUAUGCUUAUAGAGUUUAAAGGUUGAUUCACAUUUUUGCGCAAUAUUUUCAUUUUGGUACUAAUAUCUUUUCAAAAACUAAGCUUUGCAAGCCUUGCAAUGUAUUCCUCACUUCUGUUACAAUAAAAAAUACCAAAAAAAUGAAUUAAUGAUUCGGGUUUUCUUAUAUGUUAUCUUUGUAAUGUGGCAAACUUGAUGAAUGAAGGAAAUAUAUUUAAACAAUUGGAUUACUAGCUGUUGGUGUUUCAUAAUAAUCUUUCAAAUUAUUGUAAUGAAGUUGAAUUUUUAUAAAAUUGUUAAAGCUUUGAUGUGUGAUAUGAUUCAUAAUUUUUAUUUAUAGCAUUGACUCGGGAUUCUGAUGUUAACAUCUCAUAUGUGGAGCAGUUGCUGUUAGUUUUUUUCCUCUAAGAAUGAAAGCUUAAAUGUUAAUUAAUCAGUCGUAGUCUGUACAAAAAUGAUGUUCUAUUUUAUCUUUAAAUUUUAACUUUAAGGUAGUUGAAGGAAAAUAAAUAAUGAUAUUGCUGAUCAUAAGAAUUUUUUAUAAAAAAGAACGUAGUUGUGUGAGCCAGUCACAGAAUGUGUUCGUGUCUAAAAUUUUAUUUGAUACCUUAUCUUUUGUUGCUGACCAGGUUGAUGGGUCAUAACAGUUGCUAUAACUCAUCAUAAGUCAUUCCCUAAGUUUAACUUGGUAAACAGGUUUGUGUGUUUGACUGAAUUUAGUAAUUUAGAUCAGCGCAAUCUGUAGGUGGCUCACAUCAACUAUGACAAUUUUGAUAAAAAACCUGGCUACAAAUUUAACAUGGGGAUGGAAUAGGUUUAUGUUCAGUUUUGGUUUGGCUAAAGGUGUCAAGACUGGUUUAAGCAACUGACCAUAGGCCAUUAAAGAAAUUAAAAUUGAGAAUUGAACUUAGUGUUUUUUUAUAUUUUUUUUACUGAUUACAACUUUAACAUGAGAAUGGAAUGUAUACUUCCUGGUAGGGUAUCUACAGGGUGAUCAACUCAAGGGGACCACCAUUGAGAUAUCGGAAAUGGUAAGAAUUAGAGAAAACUUUAAAUGGGGGAAAUUCUUUUAUUUUUUGUUGCAGUUAAAAGAAGUAUGAAUUUAGUUUCUUUUUAAUUCAGCCGCCAUUUUCCAAUAUGGCGGCCAACUUUGAAAUUUCUUUGUAUUAUAUAAUGUUUGCGGAUAGAACAUGCAAUUAAAAAACUUUUUAUUCUUGAGAUUUUUUCUAUAAAAAGGCCCUACUUGUUUAGGAGUUACAGCUUAUAAAAAAUUACUUCCGGUAAACAUUGCAUCAUGUAGUUCAUCAUAAAAUAUGUAAAAAUAUUCAUUAUAUUAUUUCAAAAAUGAAUGGCAGCAUAUUUGAAAAGUGGAAAACGGUGUAUUUUAUGGUCUUUUUGGUAUGUAGAUGCAAUUUUAAAACUUAUUUCUCGUAGCAUUUUUGCUAUAAACCUACUCGUAUAGAAUCUACAUGAUGCAAAAUGUAUACCGGAAGUAUUUUUUUCUUAGGCUGUAACUCCUAAACAAGUAGGGGGCUAGCUUUAUAGAAAAAAUGUCGAGAAUAAAAAAGUUUUUAACUUGCAUGUUCUGUCCGAAAACUUGAUAAAAUAUAGAAUCUUUCAUAAAAAUUUCAAAGUUGGCCGCCAUGUUGAGAUAUGGCGGCUGAAUUUUGAAAAACUAAAUUCAUAUUUUUAACUGCUACAAAAAUAAAAGAAUGUCCGCCAUUCAAAGUUUUCUGUUUUCUCUAAUUCCUACCAUUUCCGAUAUCCUAAUGGUGUCCUCCUUGAGUUGAUCACCCUGUAUAGUCAACAUUACUAGAUUCAUACCUUCUGUUGAUGUAAGUAUUGUUAUAAAUACUGAUAAUAAUAUUGUGUAUAAAUUGUAAAUAUUAAAGGAAUAAAUAU